GUGCGCGGCGCUGUCCAGCCAGCGCUAGCUCGGCUCUGCCGGCCCGGCCCGGCCGCACCAUGGCCGGCUGCGGGGCGCCGUGCGGGGCGGGCGCGGAGGUCCGCACCGGGACGACCAUCAUGGCGGUGGAGUUCGCCGGCGGGGUCGUGGUGGGCUCCGACUCCCGCGUGUCGGCCGGGGAGGCUGUGGUGAACCGGGUCUUUGACAAGCUGGCUCCACUACACAAGCGCAUCUACUGUGCCCUCUCCGGCUCCGCGGCCGACGCUCAGGCCAUCGCUGACAUGGUGCAUUACCACCUGGAGCUGCACAGCAUGGACAUGGAUGAUCCACCUCUGGUCCUGGCAGCUGCCACCCUGGUGAGGGGCAUCAGCUACAAGUACAAAGAAGAGCUCUCAGCCCAUCUCAUGGUAGCCGGUUGGGACCACAGGAAGGGAGGGCAGGUGUACGGCACGCUGGGGGGCAUGCUGACCCGCCAGCCCUUUGCCAUCGGGGGCUCUGGCAGCACCUACAUCUAUGGCUAUGUGGAUGCUGCCUACAAGCCAGGGAUGAAGCUUGAGGAGUGUCAGCAGUUCACCAAGAACGGUACCUGCUCUGGCCACGGGUUACUGUGGCCUGGCUCAGGGUGUGGGCCAUAGCCCUGGCCAUGAGCCGGGACGGCUCCAGUGGGGGGGUCAUCUAUCUCGUGACCAUCACCAAGGCAGGCGCGGAGGAGCAGGUGUUCCUGGGCGACGACAUCCCCAAGUUCUACGACGAGUGACCUCUGUCCCGCGCUGCCUGGCACUCCCAGCAAUAAAACUUGGAAAGAGGA